GCUUUGGGUUGUGUGUGGCCUGUUAUGUAACAAUGUUGGAGCAGUUUGCGGACUCGAUGCCUUUGGUGAGAAAAGUUUUGUUUUUCAUCACUUCAGCGUGACGACAUGGAUACAUUUAAAAUAAAAAAUAAAAAUAAAAAAAAACAUCCAACAUUUCACUGGCUUCUUUUUCAUUAAAGAAACUUGUCACUACUUGAAAUCUCUUAUCUUCGCUUCGUUGAGCCUCGUGUGUUUACAUGGUCCUUUAAAAUCAUAAAAGAAAUACCAGCGAUUAUUGCACAGCGCUAUCAUCUGACAGAAUGUGCAAACGGGGCAUGGUUCUCUUAGUCAUAACUGUUCGGGAUGGCUUAUCUUGGCAUUGACAGAGGGGAAACGACGUAAGGGAUUAACCAGCCGUGUAAAUGAUUGAAUAAAUCACGGUGACAUCUUUGGGCUGGGGCUCGUAAAGCCUGAAGGAGCAGCAUCCACUUCAGACUUUGAUCAGAACAUGCUGGAGAGUACAGUUCAGGUGUGAGAAGAGUCACAAGGUUCCCUGUCAACCUGGUGACAGUUUUUACCCAGGUGAGUUUCCUCAACUCAAACCAGCUCGGUUUUAAUUCUCAAAACUUUGACCGUCAAAGUUCUCGAUCGGGUUGCUUCUUUCCUGAGAGAGUUGACGUUUUUCAUCUCUAGUUUUAAAGGCCUGCGGUUGCCAUGGCGGUACGCCGCUUGUCGUUUUGGGCGGCUGUGCUGCUCCUGGCCUCCUUGGACCUCUGGUGCUCCUCUUCCUCGCCUCCCUGUCCGGAAUCCUGCGUUUGCCGAGGAGCUCUGCUGCUGAACUGCUCGUUGGCCGGCCUGUCCUCGGUGCCGCAGCCCGUCCAGGACCCGAUUGCCGAGCUCGACUUGUCUCAUAACCUCCUCAGCUCUGUCUCUUUUCAUCAACCGCAUCCCAACCUCAGGAACCUAUGGCUGGGGAACAACAGCAUCCCGCACUUGUCUCUCUGCAUAGAGAGAACCGCCACGGCUCGACGUCUCGGGCGUCGCUCGGCGGCCGGGAGCCGGUCCAGGUGCCUGACCUGGGCCCCCGCCUUGCAGCUGCUAUCAGCUGAGAGGAACCUGCUGGAGCGGCUGCCGCGGGGCCUGGAUGCUGCUGAAUCCUUACAGGUCCUGGCGCUGUCUUUCAACAGGAUCUCAAGUCUUGAACCAGGAGUCCUCGGCGACCUUCAUCAGCUGCAGGAGCUUCAUUUACAGCAUAACCUGAUUACACAUCUGGAUCCACAGAUGUUUCAGAAAUUAGAGCAUCUCCAGGUUCUUGACCUGAGGUUCAACAUGUUAACAACAAUGCAGCAAUUGACAUACCUCACUUUGCGCAACAUUGGAGCAGAUGUUAAGCUGGGUGGCAACAGGUGGCGCUGUGACUGCAACAUGCGUAGUAUAAGAAGGCAGAUGGCUUAUGACAGCACCAGAGGCAUGCAGACCUGGAACAUCAUAUGUUGUGAGCCUUCCACCAUCUCGGGCAAAGACCUUCUGCAGCUGGAUGAGGAGGACCUAACAUGCUUAAGCUCUGAAAACAACUUCAAUCUUCACCGAGAUCUGACGUUGUACAGUGGCGCUGAGAUCCUGCUCUCCUGCUCAGCACAAGAGUCAGAGUGGUGGACGCCCGAUGGCCGAGCGUCUGUGAGCCAGCAAGAAGAUCGUCUGCUCAUCAGCGACUUUUCAGAGGGAGACACAGGACUGUAUGUGUGUGUGUCUGAAGAAGACCACGUACUGUCUGUUUUUAACCUCCAAAUCAGUAAAAUGAGAGGUGCAAGACAGGAAAGAAGCUUACCCGGGGUCCGCAGUCAAGCAAUCCCACAAACACCUACAAGGGGGACCGUUAGACAGACAGCUGAGGGCUUUACACACUCUGACCUAGCUUUGGCAGUGUGUCUAUCGAUUUUCUUCACGUUUCUGUUGGCGUUCAUCCUCGGAGUCCUGGCGAGACCAUGUAUCGAUAGGCUUUGGAGAAGGGUCAGCAAAAGGAAAGACUCCCCAGCGACUCAUACCGUCACUUCUGCUCAGAGACAUUACGACAACCAGGCCUUUUCAAACGCUGACGAACCAGCAGAGAUAGGACCUCACAGGGAGAGAAGAGUCACUUUUAGUCGCGUAGAGGUCACAGAGGAAAACAACGUGCAAUAUUAUGAUACUGUUGCGAGUGGCGAUCAGCAGAGCAUUAGAAGCGACGAGGUGUUUGAGUAUCAAGAAGUCGAGGUUGACUUACAUAGGCGACCCAGGGAAAAGCAGAGUGAAGACAGUAACUCAGCUGAAUUGGCUGCAGAGCGCCUGCGCAGCAUGAAGUUUGAACCUAUUCCAGACCCAGACCAGCUUGAGGAGAGGAGGAGCCUUUCAUCAUCCUCAGAUUCUUCUCAAAGUGCAUCAGAAUCAGACCAAACGACCAGAAAGCACACGACCAAGUCUCUUCAGCUGGUAGAAGACUCAUUUCAGACGAGAGCAGAUUUAUCAAUAGCCACAAAAACAGAAACCCCACAAAUAUCCAUGAAGGGCAAAAGUGAAUAUCCUGGAUCCUCUGUUCUACAUAAGGCAAACACCACAGACUCUGAUAUUUCUCAGGGUGAUGAAGAACUAUUUGAAUUCAGUGAUGGCCCUCAAAGUCCCUCAGCCAAGAAUGGCUAUGGUACAAAAGGUCCAGGAGAUAUACCGGUGUAUUCCUCUUCUGCUUCCUCUGAUUCAAGUGACAGUGACAGGGAGCCAAUGCGAACUAAAAUCAAACAAAAGACAAAAAAGAAGCAGAAGAAAGUUGCACAAAAAGCAAAACCAGGAUUAAGUUCAUCUUCUUCUUCCCACAGUGAGAGCAAAGAAAAAAUGACAUAUGUUGAUGGUAGAGGCAGAAUCAACAUUCAGCAGCUUCCACUUCAAGAGUCCAAAACAAAAAUUUAUAAUUCAGAUGAACAUUGGCCUGCUCUAGAUCUUCAGCACAUUCCUCGUCUCAAAAGGCGUCUCGAUAUCAAAGCCCUGUUACCAAGUUCGACAAAAAAGAAGCAGAAGAAAGUUGCACAAAAAAGCAAAACCAGGAUUAAGUUCAUCUUCUUUCUCUUCCCACAGUGA